AUGCUGAAGAAACUCAUCAGUAGAAAGCCCAAGAAGGCGCAGUCGACGCUCGCCACUUUGGAUAAGCUCCGCGAGGUAACCGCUCUCUCCUUGUAUGCUACGAUGUGUGAGAAUUUUAGCGUUUUCGGUUCGCCGUCCGAUGAACUAGGUUUGAAGAGAUCGGGUCGGAAUCAUAUUUUUCUAAUGCAUCUAUAUUCCUUUCUCUCUCACUCCAUUUGCACCCGUUUCUCUGCUGGACAUUUUCAGUCGAAAACAGCGUGUGAGAGAUAUCCUGGAUUUCCUCCUCGUAUUUCUAAUUUUUGGCGCAGAAUGUGUUUUCCCAUCGUAAUACUUGCCUUCAAGCUGAGAUGGUGUUUGUAUCAUCUGGACCAGAACGUUUGGUUUUGCGGAUCAAAUGUUUGUCGCUGAUAUUGUGCCUUGCUGACGCUCUAAUCAUCCUGUUUAACUAGAGACUGGGUAAUCCUUCAGAUCAAACUGUGUAGCUUGGUAAAUUGAUAAAUCUAAAGCGUUGUAGGAAAGCUUUAUCAACUUGUAAUGUAAUCAGGAUCUGAUUUUGACUUUGCGACCUUCGUAGCCUCUAUUAUAAUCGCAAGACAAUCAUUAAAUGUUCUUUGUCUUGUGUGUAGCUGGUGUGGUGCUAUUGUGACUUCAUAUAGCUACUGCGAUUCCGUCUUGCAAGAAAAAGUGCAAUUAGAUGUAAUUUAAUGAGAUUUAAUAAAAUAGCAAUAUUUUAUAUUUGCUAACAUUGCAUGCUCUCAGACAUUGGAAAAUAUGGAGAAGAAGGAAGAUGUACUUCGGAAGAAAAUUUCCAGAGAAGUCGAAAAGGCCAAGGAUCUGGCAAAACUAAAGAACAAAAAUGGUGAGCUUAGUCUCCGCAUCAUGAAUUAGUCAGUUCUUCGCAAUAAUUGUUUUCGUUAUGAUAAUUUUAAACGGCAAAAGGCGAAGGCGAAGGCUUUCUUCCCAAAUCUAUCAAAUCAUGGUAAAGAUGAUGAAACAUUCGCAAUCCUUAAUGUUUUUAUCCCGUGUCUUGCCUAUCCAUGUUUUACUUGUAGCACUCAGGUAAGCUUCCAGGCUUAAAUGCCCAAGGUAUUGCAAUUUUGAGAACGUCCCAUGCGCCAAAAUAUCGUGCACACAAAAACCACGGAUAGAACUUUUGGUUAUAAAUAUUACUUUAUGCCACGCGGAGAGAAAAGUAUCCUGCCAUGUUUGGCAUGCCCAUCGUCUCAUGGGAACAAUGAUGGAAACUCAUGAGAUGGAAUAUUUAAUCUUCUUAGUUAGUGAUGUGAACGGCUGUGCAUGGCAUUUAUUUGCAAGGUUACCUUUCCAUUCUUGCAGCUGCAAUUCAGUGUUUGAAGAAAAAAAAGCUAUAUGAAGCUCAGAUUGAGCAGCUUGGAAAUUGCCAACUAAAAGUUCACGAUCAGGUGUCCCCCGUGAACCAAAACAGAUGUGUUAUCCAUCGAGAGAGAUGUUUUUUGGUACUUUAGAAUUUCAAUAUAAUGCAUAUGAUCUCGUGUAGAUGAUCGCCAUGGAAAAUGCGAACGCAACAACUGAGACGGUUGAUGCUUUAAGAAGAGGUGCAUCUGCAGUGAAGUCAAUCAACCAUUCUCUGUAAGAGAAAAACUUGUCACUCGAGAUAUCUCUUUAUGUGUUUUUUUUUUUUUUAAAAUCUGAAAAACAUGCCAUAAAGCAAUGCCCAAAAGGUGGAUGGGAAGUUAAAGCGGCCAAACUUCUAGUUCCAUCAUUUCUUUGACGAAUAGUUCGAAAAUAGAUGAGGCCACGUAGAAAAAUUGGCUGAAAAAGGCAUCGGUUUGGUUUUUCUGAUCUGAACACCUUGUUCCAUUUUACAAAACAUUAGCAUCAAAACCUGGCAUUUCUUGCUUAUUGAUUGUCUUGCCAUUAGCCUAACUACCCUUGUCUUCUUGGGGUCGCCUGCUUAUCGUCAUUUUUUUCUGCCUAUUUCCUGUUACAAUAUCGUUGAACAAUGCAUGCACCUGUUACCAAUGCCUAAAGUGACUAUAAACAACCUGGUGGAUCAUCUAGCCUCCUAGUUGUAUAGGGGGGAUAUUUUAUUUUCUGCGGGGAAACUAUCAGCCAUAGCUCGAAUUGGGACACAAGUUCCCAUUUCUAGACCAUCUCCCUUGCAAAAUCUUCUUGCCUUUGCCUGCUAUGAUGGAUGAACCAGUAUAAUAUAUUGUCCUGGGCUUUGCUUACUGGAGAGCCAAUGCUUCAAGGAAGAAAGAAGAAAGUUGCCAUAGACCUUUAAAUAGCUUCUGUAUUGGCAUUUGCAACACGGAAUGUUGCCGAUUUUGGUAUUUUGACUAUUGUUUUCCUAAUCAUUGUCCUUUGCGCCUCUCCUCUGACAUGUAAUUAGAAAUAAUUAUUCAAUAAUGUUAACUUAUAUUUUCAGAAUCAGACCCACUAGACCAGGAUUCUCAGUAUAGAUGUCCAUCUAUCAAUUCCCCCCCCCCCCCCCGGCUCAAUAAUGUCCAGUGGGUCCUAAUCCACAUGCCACGCCUGCAGCAUUCUUUCUCCUUGAUUGAAGCACUCCAUUAUUUUUACCAUGGUUGGUUAUCUUUCUUUCUUGGGCCAUGCAGGAAGAUCGAUGAGAUCGACAAGACAAUGGAGCAACUCGGUGAACAAUCAGAGAACAUGAAGCAGAUACAGGAAGCCCUCGCUGUUCAUUCCUUCGCAGCAGACGACUUUGACGAGGUUUGAUUCGCCAUUGUUCUGCAUAAUAUUCACCCACGAACUUAUAAUUUAUUUCCUUGAAAGGCAAGGUUUUUAUUUUGAUUCUCAUGAAGCGGACGAUUUAUGAAACUUGAACGAAAAUGAUCGCAGGACGAAUUAGAAGCUGAGCUUGAAGAAUUGGAAGAGAUGGAUGAACAACUUCCGCAGCCGCCACAGACCAUCCCGGCGCCGCCGAUCGUGUCGGCCCAGGAGCUUCCGGCUAGAGAAGUUGACGACCUCGCUGUGCGCCAGGCUGCCAUGGCUCUCUGA